AUGCUCUCAUCUGGGGUCGAGUCUCUCCUUGAUUCAUCUGUGUCUGCUGUGAUGGAGGAGCUGUACACUGGACUGCCGGAGAGCAUCUCCGCAGAGCUCAUGGCUGUGCCGGAUCCCAACAUUGGAUUGGAUGGACAAGCCGAUGGGUCACUGUCUGUGCUGGCACACAGGGACACUCUGUCAGCUGUGCAUCCAUGGACUUCUGGAGUAGGAAACUUGUGCCAGCAGACAGAGGCUUUGGGUGAUAUGCUCGAGAUGAUUUCUUAUGGGCCAGCAGAAUCCCCUCCUGAAGAAUUACUACAGGCUGGAGGCCUUGAAGAGGAUGAAGAAAACAGGAUAAGGAACUUUAGGACCGUAAUCUGUUCCAGUAACAGAUACCAGAGAGAAGAUGAAGAUGGACUUCUGGAAGAAGAUGAAGAAAGGUGCUUUGCUGAAUGCUACACUUUCACUCCGGUGGCAAGUUGGUCAAAACAAGAGGACUUAAACCAGCAUGAGGUGGAGUCUUCAAGAGCCUGUUGCUUUGAAAUUUUGGGAUCUCUGAGGAACACAGAAGAAAACCAAGCAAAUGUUCAGGUGACAGCUGAAACUCUGCCAAAGCUCACUGAAGAAGUAGUACAAGGUAUGAAGGCUGAUGGGACUAGGAUAUUUGGUAAAGCAGGAUACAGAAAUGACAGAGUGAGUAAAGGUCUUCCACCUGAGAGCAGUCAAUGCCCAGACACAGACACAGUCGCGGCCAGAGCUGGGGUUUCAGAAUCCAGCAUCUUAGGUUUUUUAGAGCCUUUAAAAGUCAUGGACAUUGGAGCAGCCAGAGACCACCCUCAAGAAAUAAAUGACUAUAAUGGGCUGAAAGCCCAUACUGCCAUGCCAGUGAGAACAGGGGGAAAUGGUCUGUCUGUUUGGGAGACUAGAGAAGAAAAGUUACCCAGACGAAAUCCUCUUAAUGAAUUCAGUACGUCACUUGUUAAUUGCCAGACUUGUCAGCAGGAUGAAGAAAACAAUGCUCAUGACUUCUGUAACCUUCCCAUACCUAAACAAAAUGAACCUUAUAGGUUGUCCUCAGUAGAAAGCUGUAGAACACUCUCCAUACCAAGUUCUGAAAUUUUUUGUCCAGUUCUGAAAAGCAGCUAUUUUCUGGACUUUAGAAAUAUGCCACUGGGAAACAGUAGUACUGCAGUCUAUGGAGUUAACAAUGAAACCCCCCAAAAGCCCUUUCCCCAAAACAUGGAACAUCACAUUCCUUACGAUCAUGGAACUCGGUUUGUGGAAAAUCGAAGCUUCACAUCUGUGCCAGCAGAGCAGAUCUCAGUGGUGAGGGACAAAGGAUUAUCUACUGCUAGAACUGAUCCUAGGGGAUUCAGUGCUAGUAUAGGUAAAUCAUAUAGCUCUGAUUUUGAAGAGGCUGCUGAAGUCUGGAGAAAAAUCACUGUUGGAUAUAAGACUGAAGUUUGUAACCAGCCUGAAGCUCAAGAGGCUGCUAGAUCUGAGCAUUGUCAUUAUUCAGUUUUCAGUUCUGUUGCUUCAUCUUCUGAGGAGUUCUCAAAAGAAAAAUUUACAGUUAUCCCAUCAGAAGGUAAUAAGCUGAAAAAGGACCAGUGGCAGUUCUCUGUCAGUGACCUAUGCAAGGAUGAUGUAAAAGAAAAUAGUCUGCUGAUGGAAAUGAGCAGCAUUGCUUCCCAUGAAACUGGACAGAGAGACAUAUACUUUUAUAAUACCUCCAGUAAAAUUCUUCCUCCCAGUAACCACAGCUGUCUUCAUCUUAGUACCAAGCUAGAUAAAGAUUCACACAAGACACAACUGCUUGAAAAGGAAUCUGAGAGCAAUACAGCAUCAGCAGAGUUGGCUGGUCCUUUAGUUGAGGCUGCAGAAGCUGAUGGUAGUGACACUUUGUCCACUGGGAAAACAACUAAUUUGUCUUAUACACUAAAUCUAACUCUACCUCCUGUUUUACAAAAAUCAAGACAACAUCAUUAUAAUGAGUGUCCUCCUUGUACUGCUUAUGAAUUUUCAAGCAAGGACAAGGCUCAGGAUAAUCUGUCUGGAAAAAAAUCCGUUGGUACUUCUGGAACAACAGGAGAACAAAUUGCUGAAGUUUUGCUUCAUAGAGACAAAUUGAAGACUUCAGUAAGUUCCAGGGCUUUUGAUAACCCUAAUAUGACAAGCAAAGUAUUCCAAAGGAACAUGAAAUCUUCUGUAGGAAGUAGAGACAGAGUGGUCACUGGUUUAGAAAAUGAACAUCAUGACACAUGGAAUUGUAAUAGUCAAAUUAUGGAAGACCAGUGUGCAGCUGCCAGUACUUCCUGGAGUUUAUCAAGGGGCACAUGUGUUUUUCUCCCAAACAGUCAAUCUUUUGAUGUCGAGUUUGAUAAGAAGAUUCAAGCUACCUGCCUAAGAGAUGAGAUUUCAAAUAAAAAUAUGGAGGUGGUGCAACAAUGGGAUCUUGGUAAAGUAACAGGCAGUAAAAUUGUUUGUGACAGAGAUAAGGCAAAAACACCAAUUGGCACUUGGGCUUCCCAGACGGAUGACUGUGACAAAACAAGGACUGUGGAUUCUCACAACAUUCCUGAAUGCCAUCAGAGAAAUAAGACUAGUGAAGAGCUAUUAGUCAGAUAUCUGAAUAAAAACACCUGUGUUGAUAAUUUCGGAUUUUACAACUUUCCAUUAGACCCACAGAAGAGAGAACUGGGCACACAUGAGGAGGAAGAAGUAUCAUCACUCACAGCUAAUCUCUGCGAGUGCAGUGCUUCAAUCUGUGACACAUAUCCAGCACCUGACAAUGUGAAUAUUCCAAGAGGACAUGCUAACCAGACAGGGCAAACCUUGCAUCCAGUGGAAAAUCAGUGUCAUGCAUGUCAGAGUGAGUCUGAUGGCCCAGUGCCAGGCAGCAGGCAAUGUUUAGGAAAUUUAACCAACCAGCCAACCACUGGUUUACAAAGUAGGGCUGGGUCUGUGGAUGAAACCGAAACUGACUCUAGUGAAGGUGAAGAGAUAGUGCUAAAAGUGAGUGAUAACCUGCCUGUGUUAUUUCAUAAAUAUGCAAAAGACAGUUUUGAAGAAACUCUAAAACAGAAUGUAGUGGAUUUGGGUGUGAGAGAUGAAAGCUGUUCAGGAUACGUGGGCUCCAUCAGGAAUCUCAUUGAAGGGAAGACAAUCAAACUAAAAGAACAUGAGGAAUGUGAAAGAGAUGAUACAGGAAUUCUUGAAGAAAGCUCUUCUGAUAGGCAGCCUCAUUGCUUACAGCAUGCUUGUUUUAUUGAGUGUGCAGAAGAGAAAGCAGAGCUGUUAACAUCUGAGCCUGGUAAAGAAACUGAUGCUCACAAGGGGAUUGGUCCAUUCCAUUUUGGACAGUUUGACGUCCAAGAAUCUUUUAAUAAGACUCAGAUGGAUUCAGAAGCAGCGUCAGCUUUGAACUCUGGCAUCUCUCUGCCUGAGAAAGGAAAGCUGUGCACAUCACCUGAGAAUACACAAGAAGAUAAUCAUCAUUUAUCUUCAGACAAAAAUUUUAGCAAAGAUUCUGACAAAAAUUUUAAUAAGACUCAGAUGGAUUCAGAAGCAGCGUCAGCUUUGAACUCUGGCAUCUCUCUGCCUGAGAAAGGAAAGCUGUGCACAUCACCUGAGAAUACACAAGAAGAUAAUCAUCAUUUAUCUUCAGACAAAAAUUUUAGCAAAGAUUCUUCAAUGACAAAAAUUCUUUCUGUAAAAAUUUCUGUUAAGAGAAAAUCCAGCAGUGUUGAGAUUCCCUCCUCGGAGAAGGAGAUGGCACCUGGCUUUGUGAAUGGUGCCAGAAGCUCAGGAGUUUGUGCCCACAGCAAAGAAAGUCUGAAAGAUGUGGGGCACAGCAUGCUCACUGUGAAAGACAUGGAUGUCACCUCACCCAAAGCUUCUCCCCAUGAAGAGAAGUUUAAGAAUACAUAUAAGCCAGAAAAUAUGAAUGAACUUUUGGAUACAGGAAACAGAGGAAGUCUGAGAAUAAACACUCUCUUAAGUAACUCUUGCCCACAGUUUACCUCUGGGCCUGGUAAAGAAACUGAUGCUCAAAAGGCUAUUGGUUCGUCCCAUUUCAGACAGUUGGACGUCAGAGAAUAUUUUAAUAAGACUUGGUCAGAUUCAGAAGCAGUGUCAGCUCUGAACUCUGGCAUCUCUCUGCCUGAGAAAGGAAAGCUGUGCAUGUCACCUGAGAGUGCACAAAGAGAUAAUUGUUUUUCAUCUUCAGACAAAAAUUUUGACAAAGAUUCUUCAAUGACAAAAAUUCUUUCUGUAACGAUUUCUGUUAAGAGAAAAUCCAGCAGUGUUGAGAUUCCCUCCUCGGAGAAGGAGAUGGCACCUGGCUUUGUGAAUGGUGCCAAAAGCUCAGGAGUUUGUGCCCACAGCAGAGAAAGUCUGAAAGAUGAGGGGCACAGCAUGCUCACUGUGAAAGACAUGGAUGUCACCUCACCCAAAGCUUCUCCCUGUGAAGAGAAGCUUAAGAAUACGUGUGUAGAAGAGAAGAUGGGAGAAGUAGCCCCUAGAAAAACAUUGCCCAGAGAUUGUCUAUGGGCCUUGUUAGAAGAUUCCAGAGAGUCUGAUAAAAUAGUCCCCCUCAGUACUGAGAGUUAUGGCAAGGUUUUGGAAGAAUUCCCAACAAUCAACCUAAAUAAACUUUCAAAAGAAAGAAAACAUGAUAUAAAGCUCCCAGACUUAGCAGGUACUGCUGUACUUCCAGAAACUGUGUAUGAUUGUCAAGCUGAAGCUGUGUCUGAUGCAAAAGCUUCACCAGAACUGCAGUGUAAUACAACACCCACAUUUUAUCCAUCUAUGAGUACAGUGUCAGACAGCUGCAAAGAAUCAUCCCCAGACUGUGUGGUUUGCAGUGAAGCUCGUGCGUCUUACACAUUAAAUGCACAGAGCAAAGGUAAUGUAAAGGAGGUAACAGAAAGUCAGGACUUCGUACCAACCCAUGCAAUUUGCAAGAAAAAUCAGGUACUUAAACAAAAGAAGUAUGAAAAGGCAGAAGCACAUCUGUCAGACAAGGCACACCAAGAACAGAAGUUAGAACAUCAUGAGAAAGCAAAAAUCACUCUGCAGCCAAGUAUGUCGCGCAGUUUUGAACCCUUAUGCAGUUCUUCAAAUGAGUGGGUGACAUCUAGAAAUACAAAGUCUGAAGAUCCUUCAGAGGAGAUUUUUGCUGUCAGGAGCAGUGAAAGUAAACUAUGUAGCACUUUACAAGAAGUUAAAAGGCCAAAGAUUACCACAGAUAUUAUUAGUUCACAGUUUUUGAAGACUCAGGAUUCAGAAAUGGAAAACCUGAACCUUAAUUUAGGGUAUGAUGGAAUCCCUGGUGCCUUUGGAACUAAAAAAAGAAGAACUAAAGUAAGAGGACCUCUUCCAUUAAAAAUACAACCUGAGAGGACAUGCAAAAAAGCUCCCACAUUGCAUCAGUUAAAAACAGUAAGAAAAAUCAAAAAAAUUGAAAGUUUACCUUUCUUUGAGAUUCCUCUGAAAAUAUUCCCUAAGCGGGAAAACACACUUCUUGAAUCUUUGUACUCUCCCUGUAAAGCACCGACAGUGGAAACGGCAAGAGCCAUGAGAUUUGUGCAAAUGCCAAGGCAGAGGGCCAAGGGGUGCAGUGUGUUGAACAGCUUGAAAUUAAGGAAAUGUACCAAAGAGCCAGCAUUGCUGAGCAAGUUGUCUGCAAUGGCUAGCAAGCUCCUGGCCCCUGCCAAAAGCAUCCAUAACUUAGAACCUCUGCCAUGUUCUUCUGAAAUUCUUCCAGCGGGUGACAGGUACAGCCAACGCAGAUCAAAGAAUCUCUUGGAAGCCUUUUCUUGCAUUAACAGGAACGUACACUCACGCUGGGCUGACAGUUGGUGCACCAAGAUGUUCAGCUUUCAGCCUUUGGCACUUUAUCAUGUAGAAACUACCAAAAUACCUUUUUCAGACUUGAGCCACAAGCCUCCAACCUCCUUGGACACCCCAGUUUCCCCGAUUUCUUUUCACAUAAAAUUGGAGUCCAGUCCUGUGAGAGACCUCACAGGGUUUGCAUCCCAGCACUCUGCACAUCACAGACCAGUUUGUAAAGAAAUGCCAGCACCAGCUUCAAAGUGGACUUUAUCUUUUCUCCUGUCUCAGAGCUGUUUCGAUACAACAGCUUCCAAGGAAGAUUCCAGUCUAAAUAAUGAGCUUCAUUCCUCUCACUCCAGAAGUACCCAAAGGACUGUUGCUCUUCAUCCUGACUUGAGAAGAAGUGCUGUAGCUGAAAGAAGAGGAGGUUGUUCCACACUUGGCCUUCACACAGUGUUAGCACUUUCUUCCCCUGGAUGUUACAGGAUUUGGACAAGAAGAAGGAACUUAACCAGUCAUAUUCCUACCAUCCAGAGACUAUUUAUAUCCCAAUUUGCACAGGGUUUGAAAAGGGCAAGGUGUCCAACUCCUGUAUCCGAUGACUUCGUCUCCUCAUUGCCAUACUCACUGGGCAGGGUACUAUCCAUAUGGAGUCAGCAUGGUCCUUCUGCCUGCCCUUCUGAAAUCACUGCUCUCCAUUCCAAUCACUGCAAGUGGCAGCCAAGUGGGGGCAUCGACAACAGUUAUGCCAUGUUAUCACACUUACCUGUGCAGAGUAUGGAAGCACUACAGACUGCAGGCCAUGAGAUACGUCUGGAAACUUUAUUCCCUCUUCCAUUCCCAAAGCCUCGCUCACUUCCAGAAUCAUUACCAUCUCCCCCGAGGCUUCCAGCAUCUGAGCUCCAGGUCCAUGCCCUCAGUGAGGCUGAUGCUUCUGUUCCAGCUCGUCUGAGAUCCCAAGAUGACACAGAACUGAAAAAAACUGAGCCAGAAAAGAGGCCCAAGAAAGUCUCUCAGAUCCGAAUCAGGAAAACUGUUCCUAAGCCAGACACUAACCUCACUCCAAUGGGACUACCCAAACCAAAAAGGCUUAACAAGAAAGAAUUUAGUUUAGAAGAAAUUUACACAAACAAGAACUACAAGUCCCCUCCUCCUUCCAGGAGCUUGGAAACAAUCUUUGAAGAGCCCAAGGAGAAAAAUGGACACUUAAUCUCUGUCAGCCUGCAAAAGAGAAAGCGGAUUUUGGAGUUUCAGGACUUUACUCUUCCCCGGAAGAGGAAGACACGAGGCAAAAUCAAAGCUGUGGGUAGUUUUACCCGAGCGAAGAGAGCUGCACUGCAGAGUGCAGAGUUAGAUGUUCUUCUGAGUCAGAAGCUAAUGGACCUUGAAGCCUUUUUUGCAGAGGAAGUUGAGUAGGAGCAGGCCUGUGGCAUCUGAGGGAGCCACUUAGCUGAAAAUGGUCCAGUCACCUUCUUUAGUAUUUUCCUCUCAAGAGAAAUCUACUGA